UUGAACCAUUAAACUUGAAGCCACAUGAUCGUCCUGAUAUUCUUGCAAGGGUCUUUAGGAUCAAGUUUGAAGAGUUAUUAACAGAUUUAAGGAAAAGACAUAUAUUCGGGAAAGUUCUUGCAUACAUGUAUACAAUCGAGUUCCAAAAAAGAGGACUGCCACAUGGUCAUAUACUCAUUUUUUUGCAUCCUUCGAACAAGUACCCAACUGCCGAUGAUAUUGAUAGGAUUAUCUCAGCAGAGAUACCUGAUCAAGAGUCUGAGAAAGAAUUAUACAACUUGGUCAAAACUCACAUGAUUCAUGGUCCAUGCGGUUCAGCGAACCCUUCAUCGCCAUGCAUGCAGGAUAGGAAAUGCAACAAGUAUUAUCCUAAGCAAUUCCAGGAAUUCACGACACUUGACGAAGAUGGUUAUCCUAUUUAUAGGAGAAGACAAAAUGGAAGAGAAAUAGAAAAAUCUGAUAUUAUCUUAGACAAUCGUCAUGUUGUGCCUUAUAAUCCAAAAUUGUUGUUAAAGUACCAGGCCCAUAUCAACAUGGAAUGGUGUAAUCAAAACACUUCAAUCAAAUACUUAUUCAAGUAUAUCAACAAAGGAUAUGAUCGGAUUACAGCAGUUAUUGUUCCAACACGUGAUGAUGAGACUCCACAAAAUGAGACUAUUGAUGAGAUCAAGCAAUAUCUUGAUUGUAGGUAUGUCUCACCAUGUGAGGCGUGUUGGAGGAUUUUUUCUUUUCCGAUUCAUGGUAGGUCUCCAGCAGUUGAAAGGCUUUUCUUUCACCUUCCCAAUGAGCAGUCUGUGUUCUUUAGUGACAAUGACAAC